CUACAUAUGCAUGGAUAUGGGCUAGGUACGUGAGCUACGUAUGUACAUAAAUGGGCUGAGGCCCUAUACAGUUUAACAAGGAUUUCGGGAGAACGUCUCCUCAAAUUGGGACUCGCGAUGAUGCAACGACGGAAGGGUUUUACGGUUUUUUUGGGGACGUCGUUCGUAGUUGUGAUUAUAUAGUCAUGUUGAAACUAGGCGAGAGAAGAUAUGUCGCAGAGAAGAAGGUUUCCAUUGACAACUCCACUAGCAGCAGUAGGUUCAUGACAAUGAUGAAAAUAGUCAGAGAUGACAAGCUCUCUAAUCAUCAUCUCCCCUCCGCUACGUCGUCGUAUUUGAGCCUCCACAGUCAUAAUCACCAUUCUCAUCUGCUUCAGUUUAAUCAGAAUUUGACUCACAAUCUUCACCGCCAAAACAAAGUCCCCUUUUCCACUGCGAUCCUCGCCGGAGUACAGGUCGCCUCCCCUAGAAGUGAUUUUAGACUCCAAAGAAGCCAUUCACGUAACGAAAGAGAGAACAACUGAUGUUGUAAUUUAGUGGGUAUAAUCCUCCUCCUAAAUUGUUGCGCUACAUCACAGUCCCGGACUACAUGCAGCACAAAUUCUACAGCCAGCAAGACUCCCCUUCUUCUGCCUCCUUCUCCACCCGUUCCUGCUCUUCAGACGAUGGACCGCUGAGUCUACUUCACUCCUCCUCCGCUGGACAUUAUCUCGAUGAUCUCUCCCUGGAUUAGCAUGAUGAGGUUAUUUUCGGUUGGGCUUUUGAUAUUUUUGGGUUGUGUGUCUUUUCCUUUUCGUUGUAGGUUUCCUUUGAGUUUGGGUUGGGGUAGCCGAGUAGGAGAAGAAUUUCGCGUAGGGUUAGGUCAUGUAUUAGGCUUUAUCGACACCAACGUCAUUCUCUCUUUUGUGAGUUACAAGCAAAACCCUUGAACUGUGGGUAACAGUUCAUCAAUUGGUAUUAGAGUCUGGUUACGCAUCCGAUUAGGAUGAGUACAGGCACGACGACGGAACGAUGCUCUGUGCUAGAAGCGGCGGUAGAGGAGCUGCAAGGGGCAAUGCAGGUAUACUCGACCGACCUCGAUGACUUGUCGGCACGGAUGGCGAACGUGGAGGAGGUAUUGAAGGUGCCGGUGGCUAAGGUCGAUGUGUUGACACCGCAAAUGGAGGGAAAAUGCAUGAUUAUCGCAUCGUGCAGUGGGGAAGAAAGCUCAAAGGAGAGGGAAGGGGAGAAAAGUACGACCGGGAAGAAGACCAGCGAGAGGAGCUCGAUAGGCCAAAUUUCUACGGUAGUACCCGCCGCCACGAGUGGGUGGUACGUGGGAGCUGCAAGGCCUUCUAGUGAUGGGGGCGGCCGAAGCAUCGGCGGGGGAAUCUUCCUCACGAAACUCGCCAGGUUGGAAUUUUUGAAGUUUGCCGGGGAGGAUCCAGGGUCAUGGUUUCAUCUGGAAGGGGAGGCAAACCAGUGGUGGCAAUUGUUGAAGCGGGCCUAUAAAGACACGGGUGAGCCAAUUUCUUGGGGACCGUUCUCGCAGGAGCUCUGGGAGAGGUUUGGUCCGACAGAGGGUGAGAGGUGCGACGAAGCCCUAUCACGGAUUCGUCAAACUAGGUCCCUGUGCGAUUAUCAGAAGGCGUUCGAAAAGCUGGCUAAUCGCUGCGUCGGCUGGACACAACAAGCAUUGGUGGGCACAUACUUGCGAGGCUUGAAGUCGGAGAUCGCCAACGAGAUCAAGAUGUUCACACCGCAGCCAUUGCGUGACGCCAUCAGCUUGGCAAGGAUGAAAAAUGAUCAAGUCCAGCGUCAUAAGCCGACUGGUACGUCGGCGCCACCUGCUGGCGGCGGAGGAGGAGGAGCGACGUGGACUGGGGGACGAGCCUACGCUCCGAGAACUGCAAGCUCGGGCUUUUCAAGCAGGAGGUGGACCACUGCGUGCACCGGCAAGAGGGAAGUGGUUGAGCUGGGAGGCGCAGCAGCUGCCGAGGGCUCAAGGUCUAUGCUUCAAUUGCGAUGAGCAAUUUACCAUCGUGCACAAGUGCAAUAAUGCAAGGGUGAUGUG